AUGGAGAAGGACGAGGAGGCCUACGAAGCCGGAAUCGAGGCGGCCAUCUCCCGCUUCAAGAAAAAAGACUACAGUCGGUGCCUCGGCUUGCUCAAUGAGCUUGUGCUGCAUCUUCAGGAGACGCUGCCUUCGGAAAUCACGAAAAUCAGGAAGUACUACAAUCUCACACCUAGACCGCUAAUGGGGGUCCCAUGCCAUCCCAGACUCCUUUCUGUGUUGGAUCACAGAGCCGCUACAUACGAGAAAUUGGGCAAUUUGCCUAGGGCCUUGAAAGACGCCCAAAAGGCCAUGACUUUGGACCCUUUGGACCCGAAGGGAUACCUUAGAGCAGCUAAGCUCUGGGGCAAGGAGGGCAAGGACGUGGACGCGUACAAGGCGCUUCAAAGGGGCAUUUACACUAUCGACCGGGCGCUAGAGAAGCACGACGUGCCGAUUUCUCAGAACUUGCUUAACCAGCUCAGGACCAAGUAUGGCGAGCUCAACCGACAACUCAAACGGAAACGGCUGGCUUCUGAGGCGUCUUUAAAGAAACCUACCCCUGAGGAUAGCAUAAAGAAAGCAAAGAGCUUUUCUGCAUCGGGUCUCCAGCGUAAACUCGACGAGAUGUUGCCUCUUCCACGCUCCUCGUCAGCGCCACAGGCACUUGAACCAAGACAUAUUCCAAAAUCAUCUUCGGACCCGCUUGAACGUCUACCUGUGGACUUAAUUGAGCAGAUUUUUCUGUAUCUUCCCGUCAGAAGCUUGCUUCGCUCGCAUUUGGUCUGCAAAGACUGGUAUGCUCUCUUGACAUCAAUGCCCAGUUUGUACAGCGACAUCUUCUCUCUCCGCCACCGAGGAACCGCUCCAGAGUACUUUGGCGGCUUAAAGCUCAUGAAAAAGGUGUCUCAGUACUCCUACCAGAAAUCUGUCUGCUCAGUAAAGCUCUGGUCGACUUAUGACGCCAUCCAUCUCGGACGCAUUCUAGAAAACAUCGUGUCUGACGAAACUCUCAAGCUUCGAAAGUUGGAGAUUGUGAACAGAGACUUCAGCUGGCAGCUUCUCUUGAACAAAUUGGAGAAAUGCAAGUGGAAGCUUGAAAAUCUCAGCACAAUCGAGAAGUUGAGAUUCGUGAUUAACAGGCCCUUGGUGAAUCCUCAGCUCCUAUUACAUUUAUACCCACAGCUCACCGAAUUGGACCUUGUUGUGGCCGAUGAAGUGGCAAAUAUUCCAUACGAUACUUUGACACCGACAUCCGAUAUUUACAAAAAGUUUCUUCAAGAGCUGAGUGCCACUACCUCGCUGGAGUCACUCAAAGGUCUCUCCUAUAUCAAUCAGGAAUCUUACAUUAUCAUAAGGCCACUUGCGCAGCCGCAGCUUUUGAAACUCCGGUUCCCAGCUCUCACUAGGUUGACGUUUGUUGGUGUCAAUUUCAAAAACUUAACGCAUGAGUUCGGGGAGUUCAUUUGUUGCUGUGACCAGCUCGAAAACCUAUACUUGGAAAAGAAUGAGCAGCUUCCGAUAAGGACCCUCUUGAGGCUUUUGCAACUAUUUGAGGCAAAAUUCAAACUCAAACGUCUUACCAUCAGAGAGGAGGGCGAACUGAGACACUCAAAUUUGAACGAUGUUGAGGAGGACUCCUUGCCAUGCUUGUCUGAACUAGAGCACUUGGACAUCUAUGGCUCGUCCUUGUCAUCAAAAGGCCUCCUCAAACUACUUACGAUUGCGAACGCAGGAUUCAAGCUUUCAUCGCUAAAUUUGGGCAAAUCCCGCUUCGUUUUCUUCCGCCGUGAUCAGUUUGUCACUGGCCACGAGGUUCUUGAGUUUUCCCUGGUGUUUCAAAUCGCACCACACCUCCAAACGCUUUACUUGAACGAAAUGGACAUUGACAACCUCUCGAUGAAGCUUCUCCACAACGAUCUAGCCAAUGCAUGCGGCUACGAUAACAUCAAGCUCAAGAAACUUGACCUCUCAUUUUGCCAAAAAAUCAAUGGAAUUGGUAUCAUGAACUUGCUCAACUUUUCCAGUUCGCAGCCAUCCAACCCCAAGACCCUACAUUUGGACGAGCUCAUCCUCGAUGGCCUCGAUAUACACAAGGGCUCAAGCAACCUCCUCAUGAAUAAAGAAAUCGUCAAGUUAAUCAGAAACGACCCGACGAAGACCACAUGGAUGCAAAAAGAUGCCUAUCUCAGAAAGUGGAACAAGAUACCCAGGAGAAUGGCGCCAGUGACCCGUCAGGCUUCUAAGAAAAUUAAGUUCACCGAUGACGGUGAGCUUCCCGAGAACCAUGAGCCCAUUACAGUCGACAAAUCCGAGUCAGAGCCCGAGGAGAGCGAGUCCGAUUCCGACUCAGACGAGGCUCCAGAGGAAGAGUCGAUCUCAGCAUCCAAGGCCAAGACGCUCAAACAGCAAAAAGAGCAGGAAAAGCUAGAACAGGAAAGACGCAAGCAGGAAAAGCAAAAGAGAAAAGAGCAGGAUCUCGUAUACCAACAGCAGCAGCAGGAAAAGAAGAAGCGUCUCGAAGAGCUCGUGGCGUCGCAGGAAUUGCCUGACUUGCUUCCGGAAGAGCUUCUUCAGGAGGUCAGCUCUACGCCGGAGCAGCCCCAGGGCAAGCACAUGAGAACAGAGGAUCUCGAGAACGAGUACGCCGAGAUGAGAAAGAAGGCCAAGUUGGAGAAGCUCAAGCAGCUCAAGCAGCAGCGGACGCUGGCGAUCAAGAAAGGCCCCGUGCACGUGCAAGUGCAGCUGUUUGGGCUGACCAAAAAAUCGGUGCCCAAGGCCGACCCCAAGGUGGUUGAAAGCAAGAGCAGCUGGCUCAACAGAGACUCCUUGAGAAGAAAAUAG